UUUUUAAAGCAAUCAUUUGUUUGCUAGCAUAGGAAAUGGGAUAGCAGUGACAAGUAGCACAGCAUCUUUCUAACAACAUGAAACACGACUGUUAGAGUGAAAAUGUUACAGUGAGAACAUUUUACAUUUGCUACAGUUACAGCUAACAUCUUUACGUCAUGCUGAUUUCUUUUUCUUGGAAUGAAAAUUGUUUCAGCCUCUUCACCUCCACGCAUGACCACAAAUGCUACAGUAGCCACUUCAACAGCCUCCUCCUCACCUCCACGCAUUUCCACCAGUCCUACAGUAGCCACGUCGUCUGACGUCUCACCUCCACGCACGGCUACAAAUGCUACAGUAGUUAGUCCAUCAGUGAAUUCAACUGCCACGUUUGCAACCAGAGCUCCUCCUGCAAGCACCUCAAAUGAGACCUCACUCCCACCCACUCCACCCAGCAACUCAUCUGACUCUCAGGCCUCACCUACAGGCACCACAGUGACAGCUACCACUGAAGCCACCGAGACGACUCCUGAGCCUCCAAAGUGUUCCUACACUGUCACACCCAUCGAGUUUGGACUGCAGAUUAAUGUGAUGAACUUCCCCCCUGGUGACUACAACAUCAGUAUUACUGAAGGAGGUCGACGAGUGAUUGAAGAGAGGGUCGGCUUUACUCACUCUACUCAACACAACAUCCAACGCCUGAAGCCCUGUACUGAAUAUGAGCAUCAAGUUUUAUACAAUUAUGGCAAUAAAGCAAUCAAGUGUACCUCCACUGGAAAUAAAACUAAAACAAAAGAAAUGAGUGAGACGGACAUUACAGGGCAAAGCAGCAAAAAUGGACAUAUUUGCUACCAGAGCCAGUGGAACAUCAGCUCGUUAAAAUUACCACCAAAUAUAACUUCAGUUAAUAAGUCCAGUAGUGACAGUAAUACAUUGUGUGUCCAAACUAAUGACAUCUGCUCUGAUUACAAAAUAACCUUCACUUCAGAAACCUGUGUGAAUACUUCAUUUGAUAUCACCAAAAACAUCAUUGUUGAUUUAUAUAAUUUAACUGAAAUACAGCAAAAUCCUUCCACUGGACUUCCUGCAGUGAUACAGCCAACGUUACCAACGAUCAAAGAGUGUAAAAAUAUCACAGUGUAUUACACUUGUUCAGAAAAAGACAAACCUGGUCAAACGAACAAACCGCUGUCUGAGCUGGAUCCCUUCAGAAACUACGGCUGUACUGGUCUGAUCUUCAUCAACAACAUCCCCACAGUUUACACAACUCCACCCGUCCACCUUAACACUGACUGUGAUCUUACAAUAAACUUGGAGAAUAAAAAAACGAAUACUUCCAUUAAACUGAGCUGGAAAACAACCAGUAAGAAAUGUAAUGGUGUCCUUCACAAUUUUUCAUAUGACUGCAGUUGUGAUAAAAAAGUUAAACCACAAAGAGUUCAUGAACAUUAUGUUACAGGAAUCACAGGAAUCCCAAAGCUUCAGUCUGACGGAGGAACGUGUGAUUUUACUGGACUCGAAGCAUUCACUGAUUAUACCUGUAGAGUCCAACCCAAAUACAACGGCAAGACGGUUUCCAAUAAAAGGGAAGUUACACUGAAAACUGCCCCUGGAGUACCCGACGGUUCGUCUACAGUGACUGUAACUGUGCCGGAGAAUAAUGUGAUUAAAGUAGAGUGUCAGCAUGGAGGCAAGAUUAGAGGACCAGACGAAUAUAGAAGAUUCAUAGCACGUCUUCAUCCUGGUGGUGAAAACAAACCACAGAAUGAAACAGUUUGUAAGUUUGAAUUCAAGGAUCUGAGCUACUCUACAGCAUACAGAGUGGAGGUGACUGUUUUCAACGGAUACUUUGAAAGCCAACCGGGCAGAGGAACUGCUGAUACUCGCUAUAAUGACAAAGCUGUCAUUGGGUUUCUGGUCUUCCUCAUCAUCCUCACGUCUGUGGCUCUACUUUUUGUCAUCUACAAGAUCUACAUUUUGAAACGCAGACAGUCCCAUGACCUGGGAGAAAGCAUGAUGCUUAUUUCAACAACAAAUGAUGAAGAAAACCUGUUGCUUGUUGAGCCGAUCGCAGCAGAGGUCCUGCUGGAAACCUACAAGAGGAAGCUCGCUGAUGAGGGGAGACUUUUCCUGGCUGAGUUUCAGAGCAUCCCAAGAAUUUUCUCAAGAUACACGGUGAAAGAGGCCAAGAAGUCCUGCAAUUCUAUCAAGAACCGCUACGUGGACAUUCUGCCCUAUGAUUAUAACCGUGUCCAGCUAACCACAGGAAAUGGAGAGCCAGGAUGCGACUACAUCAACGCCAGCUUCGUUGACGGAUUCAAAGAGUCCAAAAAGUACAUCGCAGCUCAAGGACCUAAGGAAGAAACUAUAAAUGACUUCUGGAGGAUGAUCUGGGAACAGCAGUCCUCAAUUAUCGUCAUGGUAACACGAUGUGAGGAGGGAAACAGGGUCAAAUGUGCUCAGUACUGGCCGUCUCCUGACCGAGAGACUGAGCUUUAUGAGGAGUUUAUUGUGAAGCUGAACUCAGAGGACCACUACCCAGAUUACACCAUCCGCCGUCUCAGCCUGACAAACAAGAGAGAGAAGAACUCAGAGAGGGAGGUGACCCACAUCCAGUUCAUGAGUUGGCCCGACCACGGAGUCCCUGGAGAGCCACACCUCCUCCUGAAACUGAGGCGGCGCGUCAACGCCUUCAAGAAUUUCUUCAGUGGGCCGAUCGUUGUUCACUGCAGCGCGGGGGUCGGCAGGACAGGAACCUACAUUGGCAUCGAUGCCAUGAUGGAAGGUCUGGAGUCAGAGGGCAGAGUGGACAUCUAUGGUUACGUGGUCAGACUCCGCAGACAGAGAUGCCUCAUGGUCCAAGUCGAGGCCCAGUACAUCCUGAUUCACCAGGCCCUGCUGGAGCACAACCAGUUUGGAGAGACAGAGAUCAGCCUGUCUGAGCUGCACAGCACAAUGAACACGCUCAAAGAGAAAAACUUGGACGACGAGCCCACGCUCAUGGAGGAGGAGUUUGAGAGACUCCCCACCUUUAAAAACUGGAGGACGCUCAACACAGGAGUGACCGAAGAAAACAAGAAGAAGAAUCGUUCUUCGUCGGUCAUCCCCUAUGACUUCAACCGCGUGCUCCUGAAGCUGGAUGAAGGACGAAGUCAGGACAGUGACCCUGACGAAGACGAUGAGGAGGAAGAUUCUUCAGAUGAAGAGGAUGAAGACUCCACUCAAUACAUCAACGCCUCGCACAUCACGGGAUACUGGGGCUGCCGUGUCUUCAUAGUGGCGCAGACCCCACUGGCAGACACCACGGGGGACUUCUGGUCGAUGAUUUACCAGAAGAAAGUUUAUACUGUCGUCAUGCUUUCAGACAGCAGUGAAGGAGACGCGGACUGUAUUUACUGGGACAAAGAGAAGAAGAGCUUUGGGGAGAUUGAGGUGGAGGUGACGAGCACAGACAACUCGCCAAAUUUCAUCAGACGCACCAUGCAGAUCCGCCACGUCAAGAGGAAAGACAGACGGGAGAUAAACCAUUUCCAGUUCCUGAAGUGGACGAGCAAAGAGGAGGUGCCGGAGAAACCUCAAGACCUCACAGACAUGAUCAAGGACAUCAAGCAAAACUGCGGCACCAGCAGAUCACAGAGGAACAACCCCAUAGUGGUCCACUGCGACGACGGCUCGUCCCGCUCAGGGGUUUUCUGCGCCCUGUGGAACGUGCUGGACAACGCUGAGAGCGAGAAGCUGGUGGAUGUUUUCCAAGUGGUCAAAACGCUGCGCAAAGAGAGACAGCACAUGGUCUCCAGCCUGGAGCAAUACCAGUUUAUAUAUGACGCCGUGGAGGCCGUGUUCCCCGUUCAAAACGGGGAAGUGAAACCGGUGCAGGCCUCUGCAGCCGACUCGGUGCAGAUCGUCAACGAGACGAAAGCGGCCGAGCAGAAAGACGAAACCAAGGCUGAGGAGCCAGCCAGCACUACCAGCAACGAGCAGCAGGCGGCAGCAGAGAGCACUCCUCUGGUGCCUGACAAAGAAGAGAAGAAAGAGGAGGCGGAGAAAGAGGCCCCACCCACGGAGACCACGCCGCUGGACGACACCAGCAACGGUCCCACUGUCACGGUGGAGGUGUGAGGGUGCCGGCCGUGACUGUGUCCACUGAUGGAAAUAAGCGCUUCAGUUUUAUGCUUUUUUAAAUUACCUUAUGAAUGUAUAAACGUUGUAAAACUUUUAGAUUUGUGGAAGAAUUUGACCAAAUAUCUCACGUCAGUUUCCAAAGUGUUUGAUUUAAAUUAAGUUAUAAAUGUUUCUGAAUGCAAAUGUAAUUUCUCUCUUUUCACAAAGUUUACCAGCACAGCUGUCAUCAAACUGGACCCUUUACUGGAUAUUUAAAGGGGUCUAACAACUAAAUCUGAAAUAUACAGCAGACGAGUUGUUUUGUCCUCUACGCUGUUAUUUAGUUCAUCUUCUGUUUCCUCAUUUAUACAUAGUAACAAGCAUUUUUUGAACAUUUAGUUAAAGUCAGUGUUUUAUGGCACACUGCGUUUUUUAUUACAGUUGUAUUUAUGCGUUGUAUUUGCUCACUGUCAUCAGCUUUGUUAAGCAUAUCUUUAAAAGAUAAGUAUGUUCCUCACUCAGCUUCUUACUACAGGAACACUGAAAGGUUUGAAGUAUGUGUUGUAUAUUUCUCCCACUAAUGAAGUUGGAGCAACAUUUGAAUCAACAUUUUUUGGUUGUGCUGAGUUUCUUUGAGUCACACCAGUAACGUACUCGUGGAGCAGACUGGGUCAACAGUUUUCUUUUUCGUUUGCAAUAAAUUUACCUGAUGACAUUUUA